AUGAGCUCCGCCGCCGCGCCAGCUGCCGUCGGCAGCGGCAAGGAGCUUGCCAACCCGCCUGCCGACGGGAUCUCCAACCUCCGUUUCUCCAACCACAGCAACAACCUCCUCGUCUCCUCAUGGGACAAGACGGUGCGGCUCUACGACGCCGACGCCAACGUGCUCAAGGGGGAGUUCGUGCACGCCGGGGCCAUCCUCGACUGCUGUUUCCACGACGACUCCUCGGGGUUUAGCGCCGGAGCCGACCACACCGUGCGGAGGUUGGUAUUUAGCUCGUCCAAGGAAGAUGUUUUGGGGCGGCAUGAUGGUCCGGUUCGUUGCGUGGAAUACUCUUAUGCUGCGGGUCAAGUCAUCACUGGCAGCUGGGAUAAAACUGUAAAAUGCUGGGAUCCGAGAGGAGUGAGUGGACCAGAGCGUACCCUUGUUGGGACAUAUGCUCAACCUGAACGUGUAUAUUCUCUUUCAUUAGUAGGAAACAGGUUGGUUGUUGCAACAGCAGGAAGGCAUGUAAAUAUUUAUGACCUGCGCAAUAUGUCUCAACCUGAGCAAAAAAGAGACUCUUCUUUGAAAUAUCAAACACGAUGUGUUCGAUGUUUCCCCAAUGGAACAGGAUAUGCUCUAAGUUCUGUUGAAGGGCGAGUUUCCAUGGAAUUCUUUGAUCUAUCCGAGUCUGCUCAGUCUAAAAAGUAUGCUUUCAAGUGUCACCGGAAAUCUGAAGCUGGCAGGGACACCGUUUAUCCUGUCAAUGCAAUUGCUUUCCAUCCCAUAUAUGGAACAUUUGCCACCGGAGGGUGUGAUGGAUUUGUGAAUGUAUGGGAUGGCAUUAACAAGAAAAGACUAUAUCAGUACUCAAAGUACGCAUCAAGCAUCGCUGCUCUGUCAUUCAGUAAGGAUGGCCAUCUGCUUGCUGUGGCAUCCAGCUACACUUACGAAGAGGGAGAAAAAACGCAUGAGCCUGAUGCAAUAUUUAUCCGAACAGUGAAUGAAGUCGAGGUGAAGCCAAAGCCCAAGGCAUUAGCCGCCCCCCAGUAG